AUGGUACUGCGCAAGAUUCUGAAGGCUCAUUCCAGGAAGAACGUGGGCAAAGCUGUUGACCCUCUGGUGUUCCUCGACUAUGUUCUGUUCAUCGAAGAGCUCGUGCAAAACGCAAGUCGCAGGGCAAGAACCGACGGAGAGAAAGUCGUAGCGGCCAGAGACAUCAGAAAGGUCACAUUGAAUAGUCUUCGACGAUUCAAAGGCUGA